AGAUGGAAAGAAACUUCCAGGAACGAACCACCAGCAAGUCUCACGUGCUGGUCGCAUCUGGAACAACCUUUACAAAUUUAGAGGGUCAAAUAACCUUCAGUUUAUUUUAUUAUGCAACUAUGUUUUCUGAAUUUAAAGGAGUUGUACAUUUUUUAUUUCACACAGUUAUUGUUUUGCUUAUAAUAUGUUAUUGAUCCACCUUUUUUCGAUUUUAUGUGUUAAUCCCUUAAGUCCAUAACUACUACAACGUGAUGGACAAAAUAUAAAAAAAAAAUAUUUUCCAAAACUUCUUUUCAAACUUACAAACAUCAUAUUUUAAAUUUUAAUAUUGGUAAACCUAUUAUAAAAAAGUUUAUGGCUUCGCUCCUGAUAACAAUCAUACUGAUAACAAUCACUCCUAAGUUCUAUCUAACUAUCACUUAAAGUAUACCUUAUGUUAUACAUAAUCAUAAUAUAUAAGUUCAAUAUUAAUAUAGAUAUCUUAUCCGCGCAAAGGUAUCCCGCGCAAACGGGUUACUAUCUAGUAAACUACUACAACAGCAAAUUUUAAGGGAAUAUCCCUCCCACCUCUCCUCCACUUUCUCGCCCUUGAACAUAAACCAAUGGUUAGGGUUAUUUAUUUGCGUCUAUAUAACAGAGUGCAGAAAGUGAUAUAUUCACAACUCAAGCCUUAUAAAACUCACCAAAUAGAAAAAGGAAAAAAAAAUGGUUGCAGAAGAAAAGAAGAGAAACAUAAGCUAUGGAUCAAUCUUCGUGUUCUGCUUCUUCUGUUUCGUAUUCGUUGCAGAAGUUGUAAGAUUUGUAAAACCUAAUUACGAUUUCAAACAAAACGUCUUUACUGAGAGAGACGUAACAGUAACAGAAGCAAUAGCAGAAGCAGUCGUAGAAGGAAGCCAUUUCGUGAUGGACUCAAUCUCCCCAUGUAACUCUCGGAGGUCGGGCCUCCCUAGGAGAAAACAACACGAGAAGCUCGAAGCACCGAUCGGACAGUGGAGAGAGCGUCCUCCAACUACUUACUGCAUUAAGUUUGAGUCUUUUCGAACCUUGUUGAACCUGGUCAAAGAUGGAAAAUACGUCUCCCGUCCUUUCUCUUCCGGUGGAUACAACUGGACGUACGAAAUCUACCCCAACGGCGACAAAAGAGUGGGCGCGAAUGGACUCAUUUCUCUUUACGUAAGAAUCGAUAAUUCAACUCUUAUUACCAAUCCACAAGAUGUGUAUGCAGAGAUCAAGUUCUUCGUCUACAACAGAAAGCAAGACAAGUACUACUCAUACCAUGAACCUGAGGCGGCAAGGUUUCAUUUGUUCAAAACGGAAUGGGGAAUACCAUCAAUCCAAAGUACGGCAAACUACUUGGACCCAACAACCGGUUACGUUUUUGAUGGAGACCAGUGUGUCUUUGGAGUUGACGUCUUUGUUGCUCAACCCUUCAAGAAAUGGGAAGUUUUCUCCUUUGACGAACACGUAAACGAGCCCAUUUUCUCAUGGAAGCUCACCCACUUAUCAACCAGCUUUAGUGAUUCUUACACAUCCGGCACCUUUACUUCAGGAGGAAGAAACUGGGUAUUAAAGGUGUACCCAAAUGGAGAUGGCUAUGGAAAGGGCAAUUCACUGUCACUCUACUUGUUGAGUGAGUCUAACGAAAAGGCUUACGUCCGAGCCAAGCUUCGAGUUCUUGACCAAAUUAAUUCAAACCAUGUGGAGAAGCUAGUGGAGGGAUGGCCUAAUGCCGCAGAAAAUAGUGGAUGGGGUUUCGAAAAGUUUGUACCACUUGCAGAUCUUAAGGAUCAAUCUAGAGGUUUGGUGGUGGAUGAUGCGCUCAAGGUUGAAGUCGAGAUCAUUGCCUUCUCUAAGACAGACUCCACCUUAAAUGCUUAGGAUUGUGUCCUAACUCCAAAGUAAUAAUAAUAAUAAGAGUUUCGAACGCUUUCUAUUAGAGAUAUGUUGGGCCGGAAGAUAUGUAUCUUACGGACCAAGUCUGUGAAGCCUGUGAAACCCAUGAAAACCCUCAAGAAUAAAAGGAAAGACUUGAAGAACAAGUUACUAUCAAGAUAUUCUAGCAUAUUUACAUUAAGUGUUUAGGAAAGUUAGCAUUAUCUAGUGUUAACAUUAUGUUAAUGUUACCACUAUAUAUAUGCAUAUUGUAUUCUCUUAUCAAAUACAACACAAUAAUAUAUCUAUUCUAUUAUACUUUACAUGGUAUCAGAGCAUUCGAUUCUUAGGGAUCAAAAUUAAGCUUCCGCGUUAUAAGUUUUUAAACUUCGAAGAUGCUUAUCAUCGGUGGUGUUGAUGAUGGCAAAGAAGGUGGUGACGACGAUCCAGACGAAGACGUCAACGUCAAGUUCUCUCAUUAGGGAUACUUCUUAAUAAUAAGUAUCAGGGUUUUGUUAAGUAUGUUAUUUAAGUCAAAGGAUUUAUUAUUAUUAUUUUUUUUUCUAUUUUGGUGAAUGCUUGAGAAUUAUUGAGGGUUAAGGUUUGUAGUUUCACAUGGGUUAUUUUCUAUCUGAGAUUUUUCUAUAGUUUAGAAUUUCUCAAGAGUUGUUUUCUCAUAGUUUGGGAUUUAUUGGUUAUAGUUUAACCAUUACGGGGGAGUUCUAGUUGAACGCUCAAAUUCUUAGGUCAGUUUUUUUUUUUAGUCCGUGUUAUGGACUGUCCUAGUCAAGGAUAAUUGUUUAUGGAGUUGCAGUUGCGCCCACGAGAUGUAUUCUCAUUGUCAAGACCGAAGAAGAGCUGAAGAUUUCAUCCCUCCUUGUCUAAGUUGAAGUUUAUUCUCGAAGGAAUCUACUGAUUUGUUUUCCUCGACAUAGUGUCCACGACAUACGUGGUCUGCUUUGUGAUUGCAGAUUUGCGUGUUGCAUCCCACGUUUGUCGUGCGGGGGAGUAUUAGAGAUAUGUUGGGCCGGAAGAUAUGUAUCUUACGGACCAAGUCUGUGAAGCCUGUGAAACCCAUGAAAACCCUCAAGAAUAAAAGGAAAGACUUGAAGAACAAGUUACUAUCAAGAUAUUCUAGCAUAUUUACAUUAAGUGUUUAGGAAAGUUAGCAUUAUCUAGUGUUAACAUUAUGUUAAUGUUACCACUAUAUAUAUGCAUAUUGUAUUCUCUUAUCAAAUACAACACAAUAAUAUAUCUAUUCUAUUAUACUUUACACUUUCUUUUCUCAGAUUUGGAUUUUGUUUGUUUCUGCUUAAUC